UACGGACUCUAACUCUGAACCUGCUCUUCCAGACUCUGGACGGAUCUUUGCACCGAUCUGGAUUACCGCUCGUUGGGACUUUAUUCCGGGAAUUUAACGGGACGGCAGCAGCCUUCGCGCUGUGGAUAUUUCUUCUUCUUAUCCUGGAGUUUGUGGAUUAUUUUUGUGACUUCAACAUGACUCUGGAAGAGGUCGUCGGCUCCAACAGCACCGAAAAAAAGAUGGAGACGGUGAGUCAGGCACUGGAGGAGCUGCUGGUCGCGGCUCAGGAGCAGGACUGUCUCACUGUGGGAGUCUACGAGUCCGCCAAGCUCAUGAAUGUGGACCCUGACAGCGUGGUCCUGUGCGUCCUCGCCACCGAUGAGGAGGAUGAGGACGACAUCGCGCUGCAGAUCCACUUCACGCUGCUGCAGGCUUUCUGCUGCGACAACGACAUCAACAUCCUGCGCGUGUCCGGGAUGCGGCGGCUCGCUCAGCUGCUGGAGGAGGACAACGAGGACAGCAACGGCAACGAACCCCGGGACCUGCACUGCAUCCUUGUCACCAACCCGCCGGUGCAGCCGCUGCAGUCCUCGGCCCUGCAGAGCAUCAGCAGCUUCUGCGAGGAGAGCCGCUGCAGGAACCAGUGGGUCCCCUGCCUGCAGAUGCAGGACCGCUGAGCCGAACCGGACCGAACCGAGUCAGACCGCUACGGAGCGGUGAGAACGAGUCCAAACAGCCGUCCUUCUGCUGAAGACGGAUAACGGCGUUUGAGUGACGAGAGCGACCGGAUCGCAGCGACCCGGGGCCUUCCUGCUGGGUGACUGAUCGGCCAGGGCGCGUGGGAUGUUGGUACCGGACGAGUCGUGAAGGCCGGACCGGGCCUCCGUUAGAGGAGGGGAGGACUGACGUCAGGUCCUGGGCCUGCAGAGAGUCUCAGUGAGAUGUCACGUGACUGCUGGAUGUCACAUGACCGAGCCAAUGAACUGAGGAGCUGGAGCAGGUGAAGCUGCAGGUGCUCUGCUCACCUGUCCGCUCACACAUGAACUGGGGACUUUAAUUCUACUUCCUGUUGUCAGUGACGUCAGACGCCGACGACACAGCUGCUUAUUUAAAGGAACAGAGUAAUAUAUGAAGGAGUGAACCCACCUGUUUAUUUAACCUGAUGAAUAAAUUAUUGUUGAAGGAGAAA